CAUUCUAUCAAUCAAUUUAAAGUUUGAGUUGUAUACUUUAGUUGCUGGUACUUAUGUUUAUAUAAGCCAUGUCAUCCAGUAAUCUAUUCAAGGCGACUGUGAAUGAGCAUUUGGAAGGGUUGCCCGAAACUAUGCAAUCUAGGUUGUAUGAGGCCCCAGCUACUUGUCUUUCCAUUUAUAGAUUACUUCCUCCAAUUGCUAAAUUUUAUAUCAUGUCGAUGGUUUUCAGUGAAAGGCCCGUAGCAUUAAGGGACUUGGACAAAUGGUGCAAACCUGGCACUCGUAAGGUGCAGUUUGAAUCGUUGAAACGAUUGAAGUCAUUGCAUCUUAUUCUUGAAGAUAGACAAGGUCAAUAUAUCACCUUACAUCCUAUAUUUAGAAAGAACUUCCGUGAUUGUUUAACAGGGUCACAAGCCCCCAAUGCCUUUGGUAACUUGUGUCUAACACCUGCCGAGGUCAGUGUUAGCAUUCUGUUUUUAGAUUCAUUUGCCCUUCUGAAAUGGGAAACAAUUCUUCAUUUUAUGGUUGGAACAGAAUCUACCCCAACUCCUUCCACGUCUGUUUUAUCUCUUCUUAAAUCUGGUGGUCUUAUGGAAGGAAGUGGGUCUGGGUUGAGAAUUACAAACACUGGAUUCCAGUUUCUUUUACAGGAUGUCAAUGCUCAAAUUUGGACAAUUCUUUUACAAUAUCUUAAUUUAACCCAGGACCUUAAUAUGGAUCCUGUGGAUGUUCUUAAUUUCAUAUUCAUUUUAGGUUCUUUGGAAUUAGGAAAGAGUUACACCGUGUCAUCUCUCAGUACCACUCAAGUGAAUAUGUUGGCAGAUUUAAAAGAUUAUGGUCUUAUUUAUCAACGAGCAUCUAACUCUGGACGGUUCUAUCCAACAAGAUUGGCAACAACAUUAACCUCUGAGUCACUGGCCUUGAAGUCGCCCGCUAGAGCAAUGGAUCAAGCGUUGGAAUCUGCCACACUGCAACAACCAUCAGCAGACCAGCUGGAUGAUGCAGCUACCACUUCAAUUUCUGGUCCAGCAUCUGCAGCCCAAGGCUCAAUCAUUCUUGAAACGAAUUUCAAGAUUUACGCAUAUACUAAUUCGCCCUUGGAAAUCGCCAUUCUUAACUUGUUUGUACAUCUCAAAACAAGAUUCGCCAACAUGGUUUGCGGGCAAAUCACAAGAGAGUCCAUCCGUAAGGCUUUAUAUAACGGUAUUACAGCACAACAAAUUAUCAAGUUUUUAGAAACUCAUGCACAUCCUCAAAUGAAAAUCUUGGCUAGAGAGAAACUUGAUAAAAAGAUUGAGUUUGAUACGAAUAAUAAUAUUAAUACAGCAGGUGGUGCACCUCAAUCUCAGAUCGAUGCCAAUGGGACUGUGGCGCAGCAUAGACUUGAAAUUCUUCCUCCAACAGUUGUUGAUCAAAUCAAGCUUUGGCAACUUGAACUCGAUCGUAUCCAGACAUUUGAAGGAUAUUUGUUCAAGGACUUUGCAAGUCAACAGGAGUACGACGUUUUGAGUAAUUAUGCAUCUGAAAUUGGGGUUUUGGUUUGGUCGGAUAAGACAAAGAAAAAGUUCUACAUUACAGAACAAGGGAAGUCACAGGUGGUGGACUUUGCUAAUAGAAAAUUGAAGAGAGAAUAAUUUAAGUAUUCUUUUAUUUAAAAAUAUAUAUAUACAAGUUUGCGAGGGUAUUCUAUUUACA